UCUCCGUUUGUACAGCUUACAAGUCGGUCUUCUCCCUAUUUUCCUCGUUGAUUCUGGGGACUAAUGAACCUGCCGGCUUCUUAUUCUAUCUAUGUUAACUGCAAUCUAGUGCAAUUCACUCUUCUCUUCCUCUUCCACAUUUCUAAAAGUUCAGUAAGCAUUAACGAGCUAAAACCAAUGGCAUCUUCAGCAUCAUCAUCCCACUCACAGAAAAGUAUAGAUCGUGGCUUCUCAGGAAUUGAACCUCCGGGCAUGAGGCGAAAGGUUUCUGAAUCGACAACACUUUAUGACGUGUUUAUCAAUCACAGAGGCCCUGAUUCCAAACAAACUCUGGCUCUACCGCUCUACCAGUCUCUUGAGGAGUUGGGCAUACGGGCUUUUCUUGACAAGGAAGAGAUGGAACUUGGACAAUCCUUUCCUUCUGCCAUUCAGACUGCUAUCAACUCUGCGCUAGUUCAUAUCGCUAUCUUCUCCAAAGGAUAUGCAGAGUCCCCUUGGUGUUUGGCGGAGCUGCUUCUCAUGCAACAGACAGAAGCUAAGAUUACUCCUGUUUUUUAUGGGGUGGAACCCUGGGAACUGCGCUAUAUAGAAAAGGGAGCGUACGCUGAUGCAUUCAUUCAAUACAAAAGCAAAUCCAGGUACUUGGAGAAGCUUGAUGACUGGAAGGAAGCUCUUCGUUCUAUUUCAUUUACCACAGGUCACGAAAUAAAAGAUUUCAACGUCAGUGACUGCAAAAGGAUAGUAACAGCAGUGCAAAAGGAAGUUCAGAGGACAAAACCUUUGCAUGUUGCCGAAUAUCCAGUAGCACUUGACAAGCUUGUACACGAUUUUGAAAGGCGAUGCCUUGAUAAGCUUGUACAAGAUUUUGAAAUCCGGCGAGGAUCGAAUGAAGGGCAAGGGAAGGCUGAGAUCGUUGGCAUUUUUGGAAUGGGUGGGGUAGGCAAAACAACUCUUUGCAAAGAAUUGUUUAACCGAAACCGUAAAAAAUAUGAUCGAGCCUGUUUUCUAUUUGAUGUCCGGGAAGCCUCAGCUAGAAGCAAAUUACCUUCUUUGCAAGAGCAACUCCUCAGAGAUCUCUUUGGUGUAAAAGUGCCCAGUUUUCAAAGUCGAGAGGAAGGGUCGAGUUCUAUCUUUGAUCACAUAGAACGAAGCAGUCAUUCGAGUUUUCUACUUGUUCUAGAUGAUAUUAAUCACCUGGAACAGUUAGAGGCUUUUAUGAUAAUGGAGAUGCUAAAGAAACCUGGUAAUAGUCUUGUAAUUAUUUCAACCCGUGAUGUAGGGGUACUUAAAAGGGCCAGAAUUGAGGUUUGUUAUCACUUGAAAGGAAUGGAUAAAGUUGAUUCCAGAGUGCUUUUUAGUUUGCAUGCUUUCUCCCAACCACAGCCAGCUACCGGAUAUGAAGAUCUUGUUGAUGCCUUUUUACAUGUGUGUGGAGGCUUACCUCUGUCUCUAAAAGUUUUGGGAAGGCAUGUUAAUAAUCAAGAUUUAAAUUGCUGGAGGAUAGCGCUAGAUAAAUAUGGUGAGACACUGCAUGUAGACAUUAAAAAAAUACUUAAAAUAAGCUUUGACGCUUUACAGGCAGAAGAGAAACAGAUUUUCAUCGACAUUGCAUGCUUUUUUGUUGGUCAAUCGAAGCAUACUGCUAUAAGAAUAUGGAAGGCAUCGGGAUGGAAAGCUGAAUAUGGACUAAAAGCAUUACAACACAAGUGUCUUGUAGAAGAAAUAGAUGAUCUGGUGCCUGUACUGAGAAUGCAUGAUCACCUGCGGGACUUGGGAAGAGAAAUGGCAAAUGAGCUCAGUCAACCUCGUCGCUUGUGGCAUCCUCAGGAUCUCAAAGAAUUGGAAUCAAAGGGAUUUGAAGACAUCUUUGCCCAAACCAAGGGAAGGUGUUUCCAUUCUAUUUUUGACAAGUCCCUGAAUUUUGAAGUUCAAUUCUUUCUUGGGGAAUCAGAUGAUAAUGCAGAAAUGUCAUCAUGUUUGCUAUGGCUUCACCUUUUGUACCCCUAUUAUUCCAAUUUAAAUCAUCUAAGGUAUCCGCAUCAGCUGAGUUUCAGUGUACAGCCAAAAAUUCCUUCAUGGAUUCCGCUUCAAAAUAUGCAAUGUUUGAGAAUCAGCAAUGGAUGUUUCAAAAGAUUGUGGGAACAAGAUGAAGAGGCUCCCACUGAAAUGAAACAGCUGGAGAUUUGCGGAACUCGUUUAGAAGAGUAUCCAGAUUUAUUAGGAAUAUCCACUCAUGUGGAAAAGGAAUUAAAAAAUGAACCCAACGAGGUUCAACGUAAGUCAAAAAUGAAGUCAUUGAUGGUGAAGACAUGUAGAAGACUUUCAGGCACCCUGACUAUGAAUUCUGCUAGUAAGUCAAUUUUUAAGGCCCCACUGAACGGUAGCCAAAAUUCUGCUACAGUUAAGGCCCCAUUGAGCUUGCUUGAAAAUCUAGUAAUUAGCGAGCAAGAAAACAUAGAAAGAAUUGUACUCAACGGAAAUUAUUGUCCAAACCUUCAAUCCUUGGAACUUUAUUCCAUAAGAAAUCUUAUUGAAGUGCAAUUUAGAGGAGUUGAAACAUUAAAUUAUCUUAAUAUUAGCAAGUGUGGAUAUCUCAAAAUUUUGUCAGAUACAUCCAAUCUUAAAGAGCUUGAAGAGUUGAGCAUUAGUGCAUGCCCAAUGCUCGAGGUGCCAAAUCUUGACCAUUUGAGCCGCCUGAAAAAGAUAAGAAUCGCAGCUUGUAAUAUGAAUAGUGUGCCAGCAAUGCCCAGUUCUAAUAUGCUCGUAGAAUUGAAUGUUAGCAGAUGUCCAAACAUUCAUGAGUUAUGUAUUGAACAUUUGAGUUGGCUGGAAAAACUUAUAGUUCAUCACUGUGAUGGAUUGGAAAGUUUGACAGGACUAUCUCAUCUCCUAAAGCUUGUAGAAGUUAGCAUUUCUUGGUGUUGGAUUCUACAGCUUGACCUGUGCCUGGUGGGUUUGAACUGUCUCAAGAGCAUAACAAGUGAUAGGUCUGUCAAGGUAAAACGUUUUGAGCUGAACGAUUGUAAAGAUCUGGAAACAGUAUCAGGAAUAUCAUUCGAAAUGGUUCAAGUGCUGAAAAUUUGUGGCUGUCCAGAGCUUAAAAAUUUCACAGUUAUUUGUGGCCGAAGGUGCCUUGAGCUGGUUAUGGUUGGAUGUGGGAAGCUCAACUACCUCACGUUGACUGAUUUUGCUAGUUUGAAUGGAGUGUUUGCUAAGUUCCAUCUUGACCUUUAUGGAUUAUCCAUAUCGGAUUGUCCAAUGCUUAAAGAGCUACCAUCUUUUGGGAAGCUAAUUUACAUUGAGGAAAUUCGCAUUCUUCAGUGCGGUAGCCUGCAAAACAUGACUUUACCAAUGACUCUGAAGCGUCUUGAGUUAAACUCUUGCGGAGAACUUGAAACAAUGGUAGGAAUUUCUUGUCUUAUAAAACUUGCAGAGCUAAAUAUAAAAAGCUGCCCCAAACUUCGACUUGAAUUGAACCUUUCCAGCUUGAAUCACCUGAAGAGGAUUACAAUUGUUGAAUGUUUGAGUGUGUACAACAUAACAUUGCCAACUACACUGAUCGAACUCACAGUGCAACGGUGCAUGCAACUACAAAUUAAAGGAGGAAUAGGCCAUCUGACAAAGCUAACAGAACUGCACAUUAGUGAAUGUCCAGUGAUUGAGGAGAUGCCUGUUUUUCGUGGUCUAAGUUGCCUGGAAAGUAUUACGGUUGAUGGAUGUAGUAAGUUCAGUUAUUUUCAGGUGAUUGAUUGUGCGAUUUUGAAAGCAGUUAGGGGUAACCUUGAUAUGGGCCAUCUGGCACUGUUGUGUAUAUCCGAUUGUCCGGAGCUUGAACAGCUGCCUUGUCUUGAACGUUUAGCUUGCUUGGUGGAGAUCUGCAUAUUCAAUUGUAGGAAGCUGCAGAAAGUUACUUUGCCAAGAACAUUGAAGAAUCUUCAGUUGGAAUCUUGUAAAGAACUGAAAAGUGUGUCAGAGAUAUCUAGUCUGAAGAAUCUGGUAGCACUGUUUAUUUGUGAGUGUGAGCAGCUUGAGCUUGACUUGCAUCUUGAGCAUAUGGACUCUCUCCAGAGAAUUAGACUUGAUGGUUGUAGGAAGCUCAAGUCUUUUCUUUUAAGAAACUGCCAAAAUCUUGAGAGAGUGAUGGGUAACUUUGAUACGGAAUGGAUUUCGAUUUGUGGUUGUCACGAGCUGGAGGAGUUGUUCAUACGUGAUCUUCCGGGACUGAGCUUCUUGAAGAAGAUUAAUAUUGAAUCAUGUGAUAAGCUGCAAAACAUAACACUGCCAGCAAAGCUCACCAAUCUUACUGUGCAACGUUGCAGACAUUUGCGAAGGAUCGCAGGACUGGAUGAUCUUUCAAAGCUGAGAGAGCUGGACAUCACUCAGUGUCCAGAGAUUGAGUUGCUGCUUCUUGCCGAAUUGAGUUGCCUGGAGAGAAUUACCAUUAACUCUUCUGAGAAGUUGCAUAAGAUAAUAUUGCCAACGUCUGUCUUGAAAAUUACAGUGCAAUGUUGCAAAAAUUUGCAAAUGGUGGCAGGGAUAGGCAAUCUUUCAAUGCUUACAGAGCUAUACAUUAGAGAGUGUCCUGUUCUUGAGGACUUGCCUAUUCUUUUUGGUAUAAAUAGUCUAGAAAGUAUUAGAAUUGAUGGAUGCGGGAAGCUUAAGCUGGCUGAUUGUGGGAUUUCGGAAGGAGUGUCAUGUAGCUUUGAUAUGGGCCAUCUGGUACAGUUGUGGAUAUCGGAUUGUCCGGGUCUUGAAGAGCUUGCUUGUUUUGCAAGUCUAACUUCCCUCGAGAGGAUUAGCAUAAUCAGGAGCACGAAGCUGCAGAAAAUAACUUUGCCAAUAACAUUAAAGAAUCUCCACUUGGAUUCCUGCAAAGAACUGAAACAUGUGUCAAAAAUGGGCGAUCUUUCAAAGCUGUCAGAACUGUGUAUUAGUGAGUGCCCAUUGAUUGAGGAGUCGUCAAUUCUCUCCGUACUGAGCUGCUUGAAGAUGAUUGUAAUUGAUUCUUGUGACAAGCUGCGGAGGAUAUCACUGCCAACGACACUCAUCAAACUCACAGUGCGCAGGUGCAGAGAAUUGAAAAUGGUGGCCGGAAGCGGCAAUCUUACAGACAUGUGCAUAAGUGAGUGCCCAUUGAUUGAGGAGUUCUCAAUUCUCUCCGGACUGAGCUGCUUGAAGAUGAUUGUAAUUGAUUCUUGUGACAAGCUGCAGAGGAUAUCACUGCCAACGACACUCAUCAAUCUCACAGUGCGCAGGUGCAGAGAAUUGAAAAUGGUGUCGGGAAGCGGCAAUCUUACAGAACUUACAGACAUGUGCAUUGAUGAGUGCCCUUUGAUUGAGGAGUUGCCAAUUCUCGCCGGACAGAGAGCCUUGAAGAUGAUUGUAAUUGAUUCUUGUGAUAAGCUCCGCAGCAUAACAUUGCCGACGGCACUCCAUAAACUUAGAGUGCGAAGUCGCAGAGAGUUGUCAAUUCUUUGCAGACUGGGCUGUUUGCAGAACGUUGUCAUUGAGCCUUGUGAAAGACAGAAGAACAUAGCAGUUAUUGAAGAAUUGAGAGCAUCGGAAGCAGUCCUAUUCCGAUAUUGCAGCAACGCAGCAAUACAGGACUGCAUUCCAAAGCUGAAGGACCUGCCGUCAACCUUUAUUCAAUUGCUUGGAAGAGUAGCGGACGGAGCGAAGUCAAAUUUGAACCCUUGUUUGCUUUCCGAGGCUUACCUUCGCCAUGAAGACAUUUGGCGUUCACCGUCAGAAAUCAUCAUUUUAUGCGCUAUGAUUGAGGUCAGUAGCUCUUCUCCAGUUCACACCAUAAACAAAUCCUCUAAGGAUUCUACAGGGAAAUUUAAGUUGCCAGAAGGAGAAUCGAUAAUUACCACGAUAAUUAACCACCAAAAUUAUGGACGUCUUAACUGGCAAUAUGAUAUUCUCAGCAAGCUGGGAAUAAUGAAGAAGUGGUGUGUGUGGGGAGUGACGAAAGGUGAAGAUUGGAGAAUCUGCCACGCUUUAACUGCAAUUAUCGAUAAGCUACAUAAAAAAUAAGAAACAAAUUUCGGUAAGUCAAGUCACCUUCACAUCAGUCUACUCUCAUACCACCAGAUGAUAAUCAUAGUUAGUUUUUAUUCUAUUUAAAUUGCGCAAGUUUUUUUAUCAUCAUCGU